AUGUCAUCCUUUGUUUCUAACCACACUAGAAUUGGACCACAAUUCCUUGAUUCUAUUUUAAAUCAAAUUCACUCAACUAAAGAAGUAGGUAAAUUUGCUCAAAUUAGUAAAAAAUAUAAUCAAAUUGUUUGCACAAAAAAUAAAUUACAAAGACUUGACGAUCCAUCUCCAUUAAUUUUUGGAGGUGCAAGUGUAUUUAAUGGACAAUUUAAAAAUUUAGUUAAGUACAUAAACGAUUAUAGAAUGUCUAUUGCAACUAUUCUUGAGGUAUCAGAAGAAGAAGAUUUCUCUUUAAUUAAGAAAUAUCCAACAUGUAGAAUGUUAUUAAAACACUGUAUUGAUCUCACUAUUCGAUGUUUAGAAGAAAUGGACUUAUCAUAUUUUAAUGGAUUAAGUAUAAAGAAAUUAUCUGUUGAUUAUUCAUUACUUUCAUUUAAUCAAGAACUUAAAUAUCCUUUAAAUAAUCUUAUUCCAUUCUUUUCUAAAUCAUUAGAACAAAUUACGUUAGACAAUGUAAUGUUAGAUGAUAAAUAUUUACCAAGUAUUCUUGCUCUUUUAAAAGAUAAUAACCCAAAAGCUGAAGUUAAAAUAGUUGUUGUUCAAAAAAGUAAUUAUCUUUAUGAUAUAGAAAAGAUUAAUAAAGUAAAUGAUAAUGUAGUUAUUGUUCUUAAAUAUGAUAUUCUUAAUCCUUUUUCUGAACAAAUUUGUGAGAAGAUUGUUACUGAGGAACUUUAUCUUCAUCCUUCAAUUUUCCAAAAAUAUCUUGUUACUCCUGCUAAUAAGUAUGUUGCUGCAAGUGUUGCUCAACUUAUUGAUAAAUGUGCUAUUCAAUAUCUUUGUCUUGAAAGGGCUGUUCCUGCUUCAGAAGUUCCUGAUGUUGAAAUUGAUAAAUUAAAAAUUACAGGAAGAAUUCCUCGACAAUUUUAUCAAACACAACAAUUAAAAACUAUUAGAUCAUUAGAAGUUACUGAGAAAACAAUUCAACAAAAAACUGAAGAACAUUAUGAUUUAACACAAUUUACUCAUUUAACAGAAUUAAAAGUUGGAGACGAUUUAGAAUUUAAGUCAAAAAAGAGAAUCAUUAAUCUUCCAAAUACAAUUAAAGUAUUGUAUUGGAGACAAAACUUUGCUCAUAUAGGUAAAGAUGUUAGUGUAAAUGGACAACUUGGAAUAAAAGGUCUUAACAAACUUGAAUUUGUUUCAUUUGAGCCAAUAGAAACAAAUUUUGAGAAUGUUGUAUUCCCACAAUCACUUAAAGAUUUAAGAUUUAAUAGAGCACCAUUCUUAACAGACAUGCAACAAAUAGGAACGUUGAACAAUUGUACUCAACUUAUUCUUGCAGAUUGUGAAUCAUUAAAAAAUCUAAUUUUCCCAAAGAAUUUACAAAUCUUAAAAAUAUCAUAUUGUACUCAAGUUACUUCUCUCAAUUUAGUUUCAUUAACCAAUUUAACUAAUUUGGAAUUAGGUCAAUUUGCUGGAACAACUAUGCAAUUACCAUUAAGUCUUAAAGAAUUUACUUUAAUGCAAUCUCAAAAAUUAAUUCAUUUAGACUUAACUUCUACUUUGAUUGAAAAUUUCAGUAUUGAUAGAUGUGAACAUAUUAAACAAGUUAUUCUUCCUACUUCUGUUAAACAAGUUAGUUAUAAAGAUUGUGAUCUUUUAGAAGAAAUAGAUGUUUCACAAAUGAAAGAUUGUAAACAAUUUGGAAUUGAAAUGUUACCAGAAUUACGUGUUCUUAAGUUAUCAACAAGUAUUGUCCAUUUAAAUAUUGUUGAUGUCGAAUCUAUUGAGGCUAUUCAAGACUUAAGAUCAUUUACUAGUUUAGUUGAUGCACAGUUUAUUAAUUGUUCAAAAAUUAAACAACUACAAUUACCAAAACAAUUAAAAACUUUAUCUCUUGAUGAUAAUGCCUCUUUAUCACAAAUUAAUCUUUCUGAAUUAACUCAGUGCAAGGUUAUUGUCUCAAACUGUGAACAAUUAAAAUCAUAUUAA